UUCUGUUUUCAUACAGAUUACUUUAAAUUCAGUGACAUCUAUGUGUACGCGGAGGUGUGUGUUGUCCAUGCCGUUAAUUGUACGGAUGAGACAGUAACCGUAGAAAUUAUACGUGUAAAGUCGACAUUUUAUUAUUUUCUUUUCUUAUAGCAGGCCUUUCAGUGGGUGUCGAUGCGUAAACGAGCCUGCGAUGCUGUCGUAGCUGGGUCAGCACGCGAAGGCAGUGGCUGACUGAAAUGACAUUCGCUCGUGCAGUACGCUCGCGUGCGAGGAUUAGCCGCGAGUAACUGGACCGUGCAGGAGGCGCGCGCCGGCGGGGAUGCGACGGGGUCGCGCAGAGUUUUCGGCAGCAUCACUCCGGGGUUUGACUGCGCCGUGUUUGGUACCGCCCUUCCUGACAGGAGGGACCUUCGGCAGAAAGAGGAAUCUGAUUAUAGCGGCCGAAGGAGCUACGCCACAGCCCGACAGCAGCCAUUCGUGGAAAAAUAGGCCGUCCUUCUCCUGGCUUCAGCCAGCCUCUGUUUCCAUAUCGUCCGGCCUUUUUUUCUUGAACAACUCCUCUCCGUUUUUUUCUCAUUAAUGCGGGAUGAGUGAUCAAAAGAAGGAAACGAUGGCGACAGAGGGAGGGAAAGCAUCUGGUGGUGAUUAUGGUAAUAAAGGCAAAACUUCUGGAUCACAGGACGCGCAGCCGUCUCCCUUAGCGCUGCUUGCUGCCACAUGCAGCAAAAUAGGCGGCGUGCCCGGUGACGGCCAGGCAGCGAGCCAGCAGCAGAUAAUCAUCGACCCGAGCCAGGGACUUGUGCAGUUUCAGAACCAGCCUCAGCCACUUGAGUUGGUCACCUCUCCGAUUGCGGGGAAUGGGUGGCAGAUAGUCGCGGCGGCACCUAAAGAUAAUAGUGCCCAGUCUGGACUGACAGGUGCGACCGUCACCGAUAACAGCAAUGACGGCGCCUCGACCCGGAAGGCUAAACCAGUCGGACCGAAUAAUGCGACCAUCGGACAGCAGCAGCAACUGCAGGUCAUCCAGGUGCAAAACGUGUCCAAUCCUUCAGGAAGCAUCCAGUAUCAGGUGAUUCCGCAGAUUCAGACUGUAGAUGGCCAGAUGCAGAUAAAUCCGGUGAGUGCCGCUGCCCUCAGCGUGCAGUCGGAUCAGAUUCAGCUCAUUCCCGGUGCAAGUAACCAGGCAAUAAUUGCCACGACGAACCGGGCAGGUUCAACUAACAUUGUUUCUCAGAAUGUGCAAAACCAGAUGAUCCCUUUACAAAUUCGGCCGGGCGUCUCUUUCCCUCUUCAGCUUCAGACAAUCCCGGGUGCCCAAGCUCAACUGAUGACCACGUUGCCGAUUAACAUCGGUGGGGUUACCCUGGCUUUGCCGGUUAUCAACAACGUGGCCACAGGAGGAGGGCCGGUCCAACUAGUCCAGCCUGCCGACACUGGGAUGUCUAACGGGAGCCAGCUGGUUUCCAUACCUAUAUCUACAUCUGGUUCCACAGUAGUGGAAUCCCCCACCACAUCCAGUUCUGCUGCAGGCUUAUCCAGAGGUGAUUCCCUGGCUGGGACCUUGACCGAAGGAGGGCAGCUAAACUUGACACCGUCCGCUACGGAUAGCGCUGCAGAGUCGCAGGAUGUGCAGGCAUCUGAGUGUGAAACCUCAAGCUUCAAUCAAGUCCAGACAAAUGGGCUGCCUCCUUUACCGGACCAGACAGGCCAGAUACAGCAGGUACAGAUUGUGGGACAGCCCGUCCUGCAGCAGAUCCAGAUCCACCAGCCCCUCCAGGGGCUUCAGCAGCAGGCGAUACAGUUGCAGCCAGGGCAGACCAUACAGGCACUGCAGCAGCAGCCCUUGCAGAACGUCCAGCUGCAGGCCGUGCAGAGUCCGGCACAGGUGUUCAUCCGGGCGCCGACCCUGACUGCCUCGGGGCAAAUAAGCUGGCAGACGGUGCAGGUACAGAACCUGCAGGGCCUGCACAAUAUUCAGAUGCAGAAUGCCAGCGUGCCACAGCAGCUGACCCUGGCCCCAGUGACGACCAACACGGGUGGUACGGCGUUUGCCCAGAUUGCGCCACUCACCCUUGGCGGGGCGCCCAUCACCUUAAACACCGCGCAGCUUACCUCUGUGCCAAACAUCCCCUUGAACAUUGCUAAUCUUGGAGCUGCUGGAGUGCAAGUUCAGGGAGUCCCGGUAACGAUUACGGGCAUGCCUGGUCAACAGCAAGGUCAGGAUGGUGUGAAAGUGCAGCCUACCCCAGUGACUGUCACCAUGGGAAACCUUACUAAUGCAGCCUUGAGCGGAGUCAGUCCCGACCAGAUAGCCCAAGUGCAGCUGCAACAGAACCAGGGCAUCUCGGAUCAGGAGGGCCAGCCCAGCAAGAGGCUCCGACGGGUCGCUUGCUCGUGCCCGAACUGCCGGGAUGGAGAGGGGAGGAACAGCAGCGAGCCGGGCAAGAAGAAACAGCACGUGUGUCACAUCGAGGGUUGUGGGAAGGUCUACGGCAAGACGUCACACUUGCGGGCGCACCUGCGCUGGCACACGGGCGAGCGGCCCUUCGUCUGCAACUGGAUCUUCUGCGGGAAGAGGUUCACCAGGAGCGAUGAGCUCCAGCGACACCGGCGGACACACACGGGUGAGAAAAGGUUUGAAUGUCCAGAAUGUUCCAAGAGGUUCAUGAGGAGCGAUCACCUGUCUAAGCACAUCAAGACGCACCAGAACAAGAAAGGGAGUGCAGCACUGGCCAUCGUCACCACCGAGGACAUGGAGGAGACCGUCAGUGAGGUGCUCGGGUCACCGGCGAUGGUGGCCUCUGUGUCCCUCUCCCAGGAUUCCGACCCCGCCACGCCGAACACUGCCAAUAACGUGGAGGAUUUUUAGCCACCUCUACUAACCCAGAAGCGGGGCCUGCUUCACCAUUUUGCACGUAGUUGUCACGAGCCUUUCAGGAUUUGGACGGAAGGAAAAAGACACCAAUGCACAUUAGAGAAAAUAAAUUAUAAGACUUAAAAGUAUGAAAAUAAUAACAAUAGCAAAAACAGAGAUGUUUAUAUGAUGCGCUGGAUAAGCACAAAGAGGAUGGUUGAGUGUACAGCUGAGAAAAGUCAUUUUGUAGGUAAAUGGAAUCUUUUUCUAUGCACCGAAUGUAUUUCUGCAUUUCACUACAAAUGUUAAAACAUGAGAUAUAUUAUGUAGGGGUCAUAUUAUGGGAUGGAUCUCGCCAUUAAUCAGGUAAAAUGCUACAGGUGCAGAGUGAGCAGAGUUGUUUGAUCGAUACGGGACAGUUGAAGGCCUGGACAGGUGCUAAACAUAGUUUGUGGGUAAAUGGGGUUUUGUCCAUAGUUUUGGGGCCUGAGGCAAAACUCUGGCCAACCCUCCGCAAGUUCUAGAAAUGACUGCAUUGUGACACUUCCAGGGGGGGUGCCCUCCGGACGCACAUAUACCACCUGAAUCGUCUCCCUAGGGCCGGCCCUGCGGGCAACGACACGGGUGUAAAGUGCGUCUGGCCUCUCUGUUUUCACGCGGUCUUUCAGGAACCUUAUCUUAGUGUUCAGAAAGUGUACAUAACAAUGAAUCUUGGAGAAUUAUGGUUUUACGGUAAAGCUAUGAUUUUCCUGAUGGCACUUCAGCUAGUAUGAUACAUUUACGAUGGGAAUCGAAAAAAAUCUUACUAAAACUCUUCGGGCGAGAGUUGAGGAGAACUUGUUUCAUUUUAUAGAAAGUAAAAAUUUUGAGUUUUAAAUUCAUUAAAAGCACACAUUACCUUGUUAGAUGUGUGGAGAGACAGGCUUCUCACAAAUACUGUUGUUUUCCAUAUCAUUGUACUACUUGAUGCAUUUUGUGGGUGAUAUAAAGACAAUCUUGAAACCAUGUUUACAUUAGUAGAUAUUAUGUUCUUUUGUUAUAUGAAAACAAGCAUUGCUCUGUUGAGCCGAAUAAAAGGUGUGUGCGACGUAUAUAACAUAUCUGGGCACUUCCAUAUACAAACGUAUAUGUAAUUAUUUACGUCUGUUGUGACCUUUUUGAGGACGUCAUAUGUACUACAAUGCCUUAAUAUAUACCGCAUACAGAUAUCAAUCGUGCCCCCUUACGUGUGGGAGGGAGCUUUUCAUAGCUAAUUAUACACCUGCGAAGUAGCUGCUGUACUCUCUAAGCCAUGGUAAUCAGCGUCCGAAUCGACAGAAGCUGCAGUUACAUCUGAGGGAAUAGGUGUGCAAUAACGUACUGUAUGUCGAACGUAACCUUUUGUAUGUCCUCCCUGUCAUUCCUUUUAAUUCCCAUUGCAAUAUGGAUGCCACUUGUCCUGCUUGGUUGCAGACCACUCAGCCACUUCCAUAUUGCGAUAAAUCUCUCCUGCAUUGAUCUUGACCGUCAGGUUUUCUUUCAGUCUUGUUCAUAAUUGGGAAGCAGUAGAUGACUGUAUGUUGCUAAUUUAUUGUUUACGAUUAACCUUUUUUAAUCUGCGCGUUUGCCUUGACAUUUUAGUGUAUGAUACACGGAAUUUACGAGACUGCAGCAUGUUUAAUUUCUUAUUGUAAUUUAUCGGUUUUAAAUCUCGUGGUACUUUUGUACGUGUGGCCACAGCAUCCCAAUUUAUCAGGCUUUUUCUUACACAUGUUUGAACUUUAAUAAUAAUUGAAACCAAAAUAAUUCAAAUGGCUUUGGUAACAUUUUGUGUGACAGUUAAUAUUUUCUAGUGACAUCUCAUUUGUAAAUCUUUUUCUAAAAACAAACAAAAAAAAACUUUUCUUUCUCUCCAUGAUGUUUAAUAUGUAUUUUUUGCUAAAAAGCCUCAAAGGCUUCAAUUUAUUGACGUUUUUAAAACAAUAAAUUUGUACAAAAGUGUUUUGUGAAUGAAAAAAUAAAAAAAAGUUGCCUGCAUCACUUGCAAGUGACUA